AUGCCCAACCAGUUAUCUAUACCCUUCAAGAAAACAUACGCCAUCGAACUUCGACAAGCAGUCCGGGAACACAUACUGAAGCAUCAUACUGAUACACAUCCGGAUGCAUUUAGAUGGGAUAUCAAUCGCUGGGAGACCUUGCGCAAAGAUGGCGUAGGGGGCGUUGUGCACGUCGAUCGCGUGAAGGCUGCUAUAAGCUAUCAUGCGCAGCUUGUGUUCGUGCUGACAAAACUUCCUCCUGAUAUCGGUUUGGAAAUUCCUUAUGCACCCGUUUUCGAUUCGUCCGCUCUGCCAAUAAACCUGUCCAACCUGGCGUAUGAGCGUUCCGCUGUGCUGUUCAACCUGGCCGCCCUUUAUUCGCAACUUGCUGCGUCAGCCGAUCGAUCGACCCCCCAAGGGCUGAAGCAGGCCAUCGCCUACUACCAGAAUGCGGCGGGGACACUGAACUAUCUGGCAUCUGCGUCCGUACCGCAACUGCGGUCAUCUAUCACUCCGGAUGAUAUGCCACUCGAACUUACUGAGGCAUUUUUGGCAAGUCUUGAGUUUCUCAUGCUCGCGCAGGCACAGGAAUGCGUGUGGCAGAGAGCCGUCAUGGACAACCUCAAGAAUGGGUUGAUUGCGAAGCUCGCAGGAAGGGUGGCGUCAUUGUACGGGUCAUCUCUGACAAAAGUCAAGGAGGCGUCUCCGUCCAUCAGACACGUGUUUCCGUCGCAUUGGCUUGCCCAUCUGGAGACCAAACAGCUCCACUUCGAGGCGGCUGCGCAAUACAGGAAGAGCGUCGACGACCUCGAGGCGAACAGGUACGGCGAGGAGAUCGCGCGCCUCAACCAAGCACUGCUGACGGCGAAGAAGGGUUACGACACGGCUCGCAGAGGCGGUGUGGCUUCUGCGGUCUUGCAUGACAUUAAAUCGUUGCUUGAUAAUGUCCAAAAGAGCACCAGCCGAGCGGAGCGCGACAACGACUUGAUCUACCAUCAGGAAGUGCCCUCUCUAUCGGCGCUUCCGCCGCUGCAGGAAGUCUCUGUAGCUCAGCCCGUCGUGCCUGCCGGGUUGGCGGACCCAAAGGCUGCCAUUGGGAACGACGCCGUAAUUUUUGGCGACCUGUUAGGAUGGGGCGCGAAAGUUGCCAUAGACAUUUACAAGGACCGCCGCGAGACCCUGAUCAAAGAAGAGGUGGUCGACAAGGCGCAACAGCUCAACGACACAGCCGACAAAACGCUUGAGAAGCUAAACUUGCCUGCCGCGCUGGAGGCGCUUGAGCGGCCGAUUGGACUUCCUCCGAGCCUAUUGAAAAAGGCGGAAGAAGUCAGGCUGGAAGAGGGCCCCGAGCGGGUGGAAGCAUCCGUAGAAAACGUACGGAAACUCGCGAAGCGCAACAUGGAUAUUUUGAAUGAGGCUAUGGAUAUCCUUGAUCAAGAGGCAGAGGAAGACGAGAGUUUCCGGACGGAACAUGCCGUUGAGCGCCUGCCUUCCCACGAAGCCAACGUCGAGCUCACGAGCAAGGAGGAGCGGUAUCGUAAGAUUCUGCAGCAAGCCGCUGAUAGUGAUGACCUCGUCCGGCGCAAAUGGGCGGAGUGGGAAAAGAGCAUCGGUCAGCUGGUUUUGAGCGAAGCCGAACUGGAGGCGAUUGUGCCCUCUUCUACCCUCACACUCGCUCAACGCUCGUCCAGACCAGGCGCGACAGCUACGCAGACGCAUGCCCGCACUCUGCGCGCCCUCCUCGAAUCAUUAGACGACUUCACGCGAGAACGAGCGGAAUGUGUGAGGCGAGCGAAGCGCAUUGCCGACUCGGAAGACAUUACGCCGCGCAUUCUCAAGGCAGCUUCCGCGUUUGCGCAGUGGGAGGAAGUACAGCCUGCGAUGCUGGAAGAUGUGUUGCAGACGGAGUUGGACAAGUAUGAAGAGUUCAUCGAUAACCUUGCCGCUGGAGAGCAGCAGCAAGAAGUGCUGCUGGAGUCUAUCAGUGACCGGAAUGAUUUAUUCCUGCAAUCGCGGAAGGACGACACGUCGGUGAAAGAACGACAGCAUGCCUUGCAAUCCCUUGACCUGGCCUACCACAAGUAUAAGGAGAUCACGCGAAACCUCGACGAAGGACUGAAGUUUUACAACGACUUUGCAGGUGUACUCGCCCAGUUCAUGGAAACAUGCAAGGACUGGGUCAACAUGCGCAGACUCGAGAUACGCUCCUUGACGUCGUCCAUGCAGUCAAUGUCGCUGCGAUCACCCACAACAUCGCGGGUCGCGCAACCCGAGUACGAGGCUCCGUCGCCUCCUGGGGAGAAACAUCGUGCCGCUUUCGAUCUACCGCCACCAGAUUCCGAUGAAUGGGAGGCCAUGGAACUUCCGCCUGGUCCCGCGGCGCGGCCUGGGAAAAGGACACGCUGA